GGCUGGGCAGCGGGCAGAGGCACGUCAGGCUGGGCAGUGGGCACCGGCCCAUCAGGCACCGAGUCAACUGGCAUGACAGUGGGCACCGAGUCAACUGGCACGACAGCGGGCACCGAGUCACCAAGCUCGACAGCGGGCACCGAGUCAUCUGGCACGACAGCGGGCACCGAGUCAUCUGGCACGACAGCGGGCACCGAGUCAUCUGGCACGACAGCGGGCACCGAGUCAUCUAGCCAGUCCACGGGCACCGAGGCACCGGGCUGGACCACGGGCACCGAGGCACGGGGCCGGGCCACGGGCACCGAGGCACUGGGCCGGACCACGGGCACCGAGGCACCAGGCCGGACCACGGGCACCGAGGCACCAGGCUGGAUCGGGUCAUCAGGCUGGAUCGGGCCAUCAGGCUGGGUAGCAGGCACCAGGUCAUCAGGCUGGAUUGGGUCAUCAGGCUGGAUCGGGUCAUCAGGCUGGAUCGGGUCAUCAGGCUGGAUCACGAACACCGGGUCAUCAGGCUGGAUCGGGUCAUCAGGU